AUGGCUACUAGUAACUCCUUGCAUGAAAAACAACAAAAUCUACUUCCAAACGAAGUUCCGCACAAUAAAGAAGAUAUCCAAUUGAUUUGGCUUGAUGGAAAUAUGAAUGAUUCAGAUGAUUAUCUUCUCACUCAAUCUAUGUUAAUUCAACUCAAUCCAGCUGUCCGGUUUUAUUCUCAUUUUGAUCGAUGUCUUGAUUUUAUCAAAUCAAUUAAAGAUGAACAAAUUUUUCUUAUUAUUUCUGGUGCUUUUGCUCAACAGAUACUUUUACAAAGUCAUCGUUAUCGAUCUUUGGUUGCUAUAUUUAUUUUUUGUUCUAAUCAUCAACAUUAUAAACCAUUGAUGCAAAAAUAUAAUAAAAUUAUUGGAAUAUUUACUAAGCAACAUGAUUUAUUAGAAUCAAUUAAAGAAAAAAUGAGUCUGGUUGAAAAACAAACAUUAACGUUUAGUCUUUUUAAUCAAAAGCAAAAGUCAUUAAAAGAUUUAUCACAAGAAUCAGCAUCAUUUCUAUUACAUCAAAUGUUAAUUUAUGUUCUAAAACAAAUGUCACAAGAUGAACAAUCAAAAAAGCAAAUGCUCAAUAUGUGUCGUGAUUAUUAUAAGCAGAAUAAAAAAGAACUAAAGAAGAUUGAAGAAUUUCAAAAUACUUAUACCCAUGACAAAGCAAUUGAAUGGUAUACAGAUGAAUGUUUUCUUUAUAAACUAUUAAAUAAAGCACUUCGAACAGAAGAUAUUGAAUUACUCUUUACUUUUCGGUUCUUUAUUAUUGAUUUAUGUUCAGCUAUUGAACAAGAACAUCAACUUUUGAAAAAUAAUGAAACAUUAACUUUGUAUCGUGGAACACAAAUUCCAAAUGAAGAAUUAGAGAAAAUAAAAGAAAAUAUUGGUAAAACUAUUUCAACAAAUGGAUUUUUAUCAACAUCACGAAAUAUCAAUGUAUCACUUCGAUUUAUCCAUAAUAAUCCCCCAUUAAAUGAUUUUACAUCAGUCUUAUUUGAAAUUGAAGCAAAUCCAUUAUUGAAAACAGUGAUUUUUGCUGAUGUUGGAGAUAGAAGUCGAAUAGAAGAUGAAGAAGAAAUUCUGUUUAAUCUCAAUUCACUCUUUAAGAUCGUUUGUGUCUGUUUUGAUUGUACAUCCAAUGUAUGGAAAGUAGAACUGAAUGCAACUGAUGAAGGUGCAGAAAAAGUAGAAGACUAUCUUUUAUUAUCAAAACAACAGAUGGAAGAAUACACACCACUUAUUUAUUUUGGUAGACUUCUGUUGAAUGAAUUAGGUCAAGCAGAUCGUGCUGGGAAGUAUUUUAAUAUGUUACUGAAAUCACUUCCACGAGAUCAUCCUGAUAUUGCAGCUGUUUAUAAUAAUAUUGGUGCAGUACAUAAUAUCAGAGGUGAAUUGAAUUUAGCAUUGAAAAACUAUGAGAUAGCUUAUGAGAUGCGUCGAAAGCAAUUACCUUCAAAUCAUCCUCACAUUGCCGGUUCACUGAACAAUAUUGGUGGUAUUUAUAAAGCAAAAGGUGAUUUUAAUACAGCACUCGAUUACUAUCAGCAGGCUUUGAGAGUUUACGUCAACUUCUAUACUGGUAAUAAUUUACAAAAAGCAAGGACAGUCCAAAAUAUUGGAACAGUAUACAGAGAUAAGGAAGAUUUCGAUAUGGCUCUUACUUAUUUAUCUCGUGCUCUUGAGAUGUAUAAGCAUGUUCUCCCUCACCAACACUCUGAUAUAGCACGAUGCCUCGGUAUAAUAGGAUAUACUUAUGAGAAGAAAGGUAACUUAGAUAUUGCUCUGGAUUAUUAUCAGCAACAAUUAAAUAUGGAAGAACAAUGUUUACCUUUCGAGCAUUCAGAUCUUUCAAUUCAUCUCGGCUGGAUCAUUACUAUUUAUAAAAAGAUGAAUGAGAUUUGCAAAGCCUUAGACUUGUGUCAACAAAAACUUCUUAUUCAAAAAACUAGAUUGGGUGAAAAUCAUCCUCGUAUUGCUCGAACAUUAAUGAUCAUAGCUGAUUUAAUUGAGGAUAACAAUCGAAAAAAAGCAUUAAAAUACUAUGAACAAGCUCUAUCUGUAUUGGCGAAUUGCACAACAUUGGAUCAUCAGGUCACUUCUCGAUGUUUGACAUCAAUGGGAUGCCUAUAUUCCAAGUAUGAUAUGAUGGAAGAUUCAUUACGGUGCCACCUUAAAUCACUUGAACUUGAUCGUCAAGCAUUGUCUUCUGAUCAUAUCAACAUUGCUCGAAGCUUAAGAAAUAUUGGUCUAGAUUAUGAAAACAUGAACAACUUAUCCGAAGCACUUCGUUAUUUCAAUGAAAGUCUUUCGAUCUAUCGAGCUAAUUAUGGACCUGAAUAUGAAAGGGUGAAGAGAGGUGAAACAGACAUUGAUAGACUGAAAAAGAAACAACUGUCACUACCAUCUCAUGAAGAUGAAUAA